CGCAUCAUACGUGCUAUAUUGUCGUUGUUAGGGUACCGUCACGAACGGUCGUUUAAAACCUCAAUAUGUAAAUCUCAAUGACAUAUUUCAGCGCGUUAUAUCAAGUAUCUAUAAUUUCAGUCUAGACCACGGUUAUUAUCGAUAUCAGUUUAUUUUUGAAAUAUCUUUAACAAUUUGCGCUAUAAUUUAAAUUGAGAAGGAAAGACAAAUCAGUGAAGUUAUUGGAGCCAGAUAGCCGAUAAUAUCGGUAAAAUUGAAAGCCUUGCCCUAGUAGUAUAUGUUGAAUAGAAAGCAAAACUAGACGACUCCUAUAAAGGCUUGUUGCACAGUAAGCAAUACAGCGGCAUUAAAUAACAUAACAUAUAAGCGAAAAACACUCGGAAAUAUGGCUUCACCGGUGCCUCUUUGUCUGAUUCACCUCAAUUCAUCCUGUUUAUCUUGGUCCGAUCACCUUGAAACCUCCAUUUGAGACAGUUGCUAGGUUUUACGUCACUUGCUGCGCAAUGUUGUGUCGCUGUGUCAAACUUGUUGACACUUUUUGCGACAUAACAUAACGACAAAAGGAAUGAUAAACGUUUCUUACUGUGUAUACCAAGGUCAACGUUGGUGUAUAACCUCACCGAAAUAAGUAGACAACAUUCCUUGGUGGUCUAACGUUUAGGCAAGUAAUGUGCACCAAAGCUACCAAUGAAAAGUAAAAACUGAAACUUUGAUAACUCCCUGCAGAAAUAUCCCCGUAACCACCUUAAACGUUUCUCUCAAUUCAUGAUUUGAUAUUCGCCCCGUCCCGAAAAAUCGCAAUUGCACUGAAGUUUGCAUUUUUAUUCUUCCCCAUGCUCUUUAAAUCUUGGACCAUCAGUUCAUUUUUUAUCUCUGUGGGUCUUCAGCUUCCUUUUUGCUUCCUCUAGGAUAAACAAGCAGAUGACGUUGAGGCCGGGGCUUCCAGGGUCCUUCACUAGGUCAUGAUCAGUUGCAUAACCGUCUGAAGUUUAAACAAGCAAGCAAAAGAACUAUUAACUACAGGGGAGAGAUUAAAAAGGAAACGUAAACAAGCAAGCAAAGGAAGUAAAAACUACAGGGGAAAAUUAAAAAGACGCGUCUGUUGUCCACCCUUGGAUAUAAAAAUGUGGGCUUCACCGCUACCGUUGUGUUGUAUGUUGCUACUUUUCAUGGUGACCUCUCGAACAGCGACUACGGGUGAGAUUGAUCUCUUUGAAGCCUUCAACAUCAACGUGAAUACGAAAGGCUUCACACAAGUCCAAGGCCUUACAAAAGAAUUCGGCAAUGCCUACAAGGUCGGAAAGAGCAUGCCGAGAAUGGAACAGUCAAACCAUGUUCUGGAUGAGAUCAAAAGCUCCCUGAUCAAAGAAAGGCGACUUGUUAUUAUCGCCAAUGUGAAAGUGAAGCAUUUUUCAUUUGGAACGCUAUUCUCUGUGGAGUCUAAGAGUAGAGAAAAAGCCUUACUGACCGUAUGGGUAAGCUGUUAUCAGUCUUGUCGCCUGGGCAUUACCUACCAAACGUCAGAGCGGAAAGUCCGGGACGUUUCAUUCCACCAUAUCGGUAAAAUAUCUGAUGACAAAUGGCACAACAUUGCACUCCAUAUUUUCCCGCACAGUCACCUCGAGAAAACAGAGGUUGAUCUGUACGUUGACUGUAAGAUGCUGAGCAGAAAGAAACUAUUGACGAAGAUAGAAGAUUUCGUGCCAUCCUCAACAGGAAAUCCUCAGGAUACUGUGUUUUUGUUUGCACAGAGAGGUGGAUACAAAAACAGUGUCAUGUUGACUUGGAAGGGAAGCCUUCAGAACGUCAAGCUUGUAUUCAACAAGGAAAUAGAAGAGUUAAUGAACAGCACAAGCUGCCCGUCUCCCAGUGCUCCUGUUUUUCUGGUCGAUGGAGAGCAACAGUUUUCAGCUGGUUUUCUGCAGUCUUCUAUCAGGGGCGCGUCUAAGUCAGCUUUCGCCGCGCCACCCUCCUUGCAGUACUCCACUCAAGACGUCAUGAUGGUUCUGGUUAACAUGCAGAAGGAAGCUCAAAGACGCGAAGCAAGUCUUCAAAGAUCGCUGAUGCAAUUGAAACAAAGCUUACAAACUCAGUCUGCACAUGUGACGUCCAUCAAGAAAACACUGGAAAACGGAGUUUGCUCCAAUCGAGCCUACUCACCGGGAACAGGAAAUGGUAAUGGUGGAAUCCUUAAGAAUAAAACUAAAACGGAUAACAAACACAUCAUAAAAAGUUACAAGAAAGACGACAAGUGCUCGCUGAAGCCUUGUUUUCCGUUUGUUGAAUGUACAAAUACACCCGGAGAGGGACUUGGGUUCAAGUGUGGCGAGUGCCCGCCUGGUUACAUGGGAGACGGGAUCAGAUGUGAUGACGUCAAUGAGUGUUUGUAUUUACCGUGUUCUCCUCACACGACCUGUACCAAUCUACAGCCGGGGUUUAAAUGCAGUGCCUGUCCUAAAGGCUUCCUGGGUAACUCUACGAUGGGAAUUGGAGCAGAUUUUGCUGAGAACAUCAAACAGAUUUGUAACGACAUUGACGAGUGUAAUGAUGGGAAAAAUGGCGGCUGUUCUGUUCAUUCAACGUGCAUCAACACACAGGGUAGCUAUACCUGCGCUGCAUGCCGGGAUGGAUACGUUGGAGAUCCUUACAGUGAAUGCGUUGUCGUAAAAUACUGUUCUGGUGAUCCUAAAUCAAACCCCUGUGGGCUUGGAGCUGAAUGCAUACCAAAGAAGAAAGGGUUAGCCUUCGAAUGUAGGUGUAAACCUGGUUUUGCUGGAAAUGGAUUCGUGUGUGAUGCUGACGAGGAUAUGGAUGGAGUCCCUGACGAAGCAUUAAACUGCACUGGUGACCCUCGCUGUGCCAAGGACAACUGCAAAAGUAUUCCAAACACAGGUCAAGAGGACACGGACAAGAAUGGCUUAGGGGAUAUGUGUGAAUAUGACGCGGAUCGCGACAGAUAUAUUAAUGAUGCGGACAACUGCCCGGAUGUUUACAACCGACAUCAGAAAGAUGAAGAUCGCGAUAAAGUCGGAGACGUUUGUGAUAACUGCCCCAACGUUCCUAACCGUGAUCAAAAAGACAUGGACGGGGACGGGAUUGGGGAUGCCUGUGACACUGACACGGAUGGAGAUGGUCUAAGAAAUAUCUUCGAUAACUGUCCACUGGUUCCAAACAGAAAACAAUCAGACAAAGAUGGCGACAGUUUUGGAGAUGAAUGUGACAACUGUCCGUCUACUACCAACCGUGAUCAGAAUGACAGAGAUGGUGACAGCUGGGGAGACGCAUGCGACCUUGACCGAGAUUAUGAUAACGAUGGAAUAGAAGACAAAUUCGACAACUGUUUGAGCCAAGCAAACCCUGAUCAACUGGACUCGGAUCAGGAUGGACUCGGUGACCCAUGUGACAGUGAUGACGAUGGCGAUGGUGUGCCUGAUUAUAGAGACAACUGUCGACUGGUGUUUAAUGUCGACCAGAAACAAACCAGAAGUGAUUCAUAUGGCGAUGCGUGUUUUGAAGAUUUUGAUGGUGAUGGUGUACAAGACAGGGAUGACGUGUGUCCUGUAAACCCGAAAAUAUCGCGAACAGACUUCUCUGUUUUCCAGACCCUUAAUUUUGACGCGGCGGGCAGCGAACAAGAUAAGCCUUCAUGGAAAGUCAGCAAACAGGGCAACGAGAUACAACAAGCUGUGAACAGCAUAGCUACAAUCCUCGUUGGAAAUCAUGUUUUUCGCGAUGUGGAAUACAGUGGAACUUUUUUUGUGAACACAAACUCCGAUGACGAUAUCAUUGGCAUUGUGUUUGGGUACCAAAGUCCCAGAAAAUUCUUUGUUGCCUCUUGGAAGAAGUCAACGCAAAUUUACUGGGAUACAAGACCAUUCAGAGCGAAGGCAGAUUCUGCCUUCAACAUCAAGAAAAUUAAGUCCGUGAGUGGUCCAUCGCAAAUGCUUCGGAAUGUCCUUUGGCACACGGGAAACAUCACAAACGAGGCGACCCUUCUUUGGAAGGAUCCAAAGGCACAUGGAUGGCAACAUAAGAAAGCUUACAGAUGGGAACUAGUUUACUUACCAUCUAAGAGCAUCAUGAGGAUAAAAAUUUGGCGCAAGCACAACAAAUUAAUGAUAGACAGUGGCGAAAUAAAUGAUCGCGAUAUUCGGGAAGGAAAGCUUGGUGUUAUGAGCUUCUCUCAGGAGAAGUGCAUGUGGUCAGCGAUAUCCACCCGAUGUCUUGAUCCCUUUGAUUAAAGGCCGUCAUUCAAUUUUCGCGAAGAGUUCCUCUGUGCAUAUGUAUCUAACAGUAUAUUAUAUUGACCGAUAGAGUUGUUGUAACCUAUUUCAUAUAACCCAACACGAAUUUCUCUAUCGUGUCAUUGGUUGAAGUCGGUCAUGUGGGCAGCUGUUCGCACUCGUAUAGAAGCACGUGCAUAGCAUUUAGUUUUCACGUGCACUCGGCCAAUCAGUGCAUAGAAAUUUCAAUUCGUCAUUAAGAAACGGGGCCUCUGGCUUGGUCCGAUGCCUUAUUUUUCUUGGGUUCUCUAUUCUCGUCCUUUUACAAGCCAAUAAGGUUUGACGAAAAUCGACGUUGGCCAGAGGGCCCAAUUUUUGUUGCUGACCAAAAGCAUCGAAACCUCUGAGGACAAUAGCGACAAUGAAGGUUUCCAGUUGAGAAAUGACUCAGCAGUGAAAAAGCUUAUCUUAAUUAAGAUGAGAGCUUAUUUAACUUUUAAUUUCAAGACAACAAAAGAAUCGAAUGUAUGCAUGUAUAAAUUACGUUACAUAUUUAACUCAGUACGUUCUCCAUUUUUCAGUAAAACGUUUUGGAUUUAGUAAAAUCACCUCUAAAGCUGAAGAUAUUUUUAACACAUUUGAGCACAUCUUGCACUUAUCUUUUAUUUGAUCAUUUUACAUGUAGCUACGAUAAUAAUUAAAAUGGAUGGCAGAAAGCUGCUUAGAGUUGCCGCUCUUAUUAUACUAUUGUUCACAAAAAGUCAGCAAGAAAUAUAAUUUCAAGAUUGGAAGAUAGAGAGGUUUUCUUGCUAGCCCUUGAAACAUUAAGGCUAACGGUUGUUCAAAAGUAAUGGGCAAAUAUUUUCAAAAUGUGCGCGUAUGACAAUAGACAAUUUCAUAUUUUCGGCAUUGGACUGUAACUACCUUGCCUUGGAGGCAUAAUUAAAAAGAGAUUGAUGUCAUUUGCAUUUGAAAAGACCCUCUGCGUUAGCCUUAGCUGCAAGCUACUUUCAGUCCAAUUGUCGUGUAAGAUAGAGCUUAUGUAAGUUAUAACUUCUUAUAAGCUUAUGUUUAGUUAUAACUCAUACGUAUAUCAACUUAUAAGAGUUGUAACAAAAUAAAACUAGUUUAUUCUACUA